ACAGACGAUCAUCAUCCCUUACACUCCCGCCGUUCUCUGCAAAAAUGGCUGCCACUGCUUCCAAACCCUCUUUUCCAGCUUUUCAAUCCCUUCAAUCAUCUUCAACCUCGUCGAAGCAAGCUCUUACUUUCACUAAAUUCCCAAAUUAUCCCUCUUCUUCAUCACACACCCUCCGAAUCACGUGCUCCCUCUCCAACACCAACCCCAACCCCAAACAUAAUCCGAAACUCUCCCCUCCGAAUGCAUCCACCGCCGCAACCAGCUCCCCUUCCGUCGUUGGCGACAAUUUCGUUUCCCGAUUUGCUCCCAACGAGCCACGCAAGGGCGCUGACAUCCUCGUGGAGGCGCUGGAGCGCCAGGGUGUCACCGACGUCUUUGCCUACCCCGGCGGUGCUUCCAUGGAGAUCCACCAGGCUCUCACGCGCUCAUCCAAAAUCCGGAACGUUCUCCCGCGCCACGAGCAGGGUGGCGUGUUCGCUGCCGAGGGAUACGCGCGAUCUUCGGGACUCGCCGGGGUCUGCAUCGCCACCUCCGGCCCCGGCGCCACCAACCUCGUGAGUGGGCUCGCGGACGCGCUCCUUGAUAGCGUCCCGCUCAUUGCCAUCACAGGCCAGGUCCCCCGCCGCAUGAUUGGAACCGAUGCCUUUCAGGAAACCCCGAUUGUUGAGGUAACUCGAUCCAUCACGAAGCAUGCUUACCUUGUUCUUGAUGUUGAUGACAUUCCUAGGAUUGUGAAUGAGGCUUUUUUCUUAGCUAUUAGUGGUAGGCCUGGUCCUGUGUUGAUUGAUAUUCCUAAAGAUAUUCAGCAACAACUUGCUGUUCCCAAUUGGGAUCAACCAGUUAUGUUAAAUGCGUACAUGUCUAGGUUGCCAAAGGCUCCAAAUGAGUCAUAUUUGGAGCAGAUUGUGAGGUUGUUGUUGGAAUCUAAGAAGCCGGUUCUGUAUGUGGGGGGUGGGAGUUUGAAUGCGAGUGAGGAGUUGAGGAGGUUUGUUGAACUUACCGGGGUUCCUGUGGCUAGUACUUUGAUGGGCUUGGGAUCUUAUCCUGUAGGUGGUGAGAAUUCGUUGCAGAUGCUUGGGAUGCACGGGACUGUGUAUGCUAAUUAUGCUGUUGAUAAGAGUGAUCUCUUGCUUGCUUUUGGGGUGAGAUUUGAUGAUCGUGUGACGGGAAAGCUUGAGGCGUUUGCUAGCAGGGCGAAGAUUGUUCACAUUGACAUUGACUCGGCAGAGAUUGGGAAGAACAAGCUGCCCCAUGUGUCUGUCUGUGGGGAUUUGAAGCUGGCCUUGAGUGGGAUCAAUAGGAUUUUGGAAAGCAGGGGGGUGAAGGGUAAGCUUGAUUUUCGGGCUUGGAGGGAAGAGCUGAAUGAGCAGAAGCUCAAAUUCCCGUUGAGUUACAAGACGUUUGGGGAAGAUCUUAUUCCUCCUCAGCAUGCCAUUCAGGUUCUAGAUGAGCUGACCAAUGGCGAUGCUAUUAUAAGCACUGGAGUUGGACAACACCAGAUGUGGGCUGCUCAAUUUUACAAAUACAAGAGGCCUAGGCAGUGGUUAACAUCCGGUGGUCUUGGUGCUAUGGGUUUUGGAUUGCCUGCCGCCAUUGGAGCUGCUGUGGCUAAUCCCGGCGCUGUUGUAGUUGACAUUGAUGGUGAUGGCAGUUUUAUGAUGAAUGUUCAAGAGCUGGCCACUAUAAGGGUGGAGAAUCUCCCUAUUAAGAUCUUGCUGUUGAAUAAUCAACACUUGGGUAUGGUUGUUCAAUGGGAGGAUCGUUUCUAUAAAUCCAAUAGGGCUCACACCUAUCUAGGAGACCCGUCUAAAGAGAAUGAGAUAUUUCCGAACAUGCUGCAUUUUGCAGAUGCUUGUGGUAUACCAGCAGCUCGAGUGACCAAGAAGCAAGACCUUAGAGAAGCAAUUCAGAAGAUGUUGGAUACUCCGGGACCUUACCUUCUUGAUGUCAUUGUACCUCAUCAAGAGCACGUGUUGCCGAUGAUUCCUGCUAAUGGAUCCUUCGAGGAUGUGAUAACUGAAGGUGAUGGUAGAACAAAAUAUUGAUAUCCUUAGCCAAAUUCAUCUUGAUGGUUGUAUUGUAUAAAUUAGCUUCUAAAUUUUGUAGUUAUGUUGGCAAUUUUGUAGUCAAUUGUUUUUUCUUUUGCUACUAGCUCUACUGUUCGAUAAUUAGUGCUGCUAAUCAUAUUAUUGGAUUUGACUCUUAGAUUAUUACACAAGUUAGUAAAUUGAGGAAGUGUAAUGAGCUUCUUUUUAGAA